AUGUCCAACGUUACAGAUAAGGCAUGCUUGUUUUCGAAGUUGAUCAACGGAGCCGAUAUCGAGCAAAUAAAAUCGGCAGUUAGACCGGCAGCAGUUGCUGUCCCAAGACCAAGUUUUUUCAAAGGUUAUUCUGAUGAGGUUGCAGCUUUGGCUUUACCCAUAAUUGCAUACUGGACAUACUCAUCUAUAUUCCACAUUAUGGAUGUUUAUAAACUGGCUGAGGGUCAUAGAAUCCAUCCUACAGAGGAAAUGCUCAAGAAGAACAGAGCUUCUUUGUACGAGGUUGUGAGGGAUGUGAUCUUGCAGCAUAUUAUACAAACCAUAACAGGUGUGCUAGCAUUUAACUUGAAUGUGCAGGAAUACACGGGCUUCGAGAAUGCCGAAAUCUGGGAUUUGAGACAGAAGUUCCCAUUGCUUCCAGCUUGGUUCUUUUACGUUGCAUACUGGUACUUGAUUCCUGCUUCGAGGAUUUUUACUGCAUUCGUCAUUAUCGACACAUGGCAGUUCACUCUUCACAGAUUGAUGCACCUCUCACCAUUCCUUUACAAGCAUUUCCAUUCAAGACAUCACCAGUUGUAUGUGCCAUAUGCUUACGGAGCAUUGUUCAACAAUCCUGUUGAAGGUUUGUUACUAGAUACCGUCGGAACCGGUGUUGCCUCGAUGAUCGUUAAUCUAUCACAGAGAGAAUGUAUGAUUUUGUACACAUUCUCCACUAUGAAGACUGUGGACGAUCACUGUGGAUACUCUUUCUGGUUUGAUCCAUUCCAGAGGUUGUUCCCUAAUAACUCUAUUUAUCACGAUAUUCACCACCAGCAUUUCGGUAUCAAGUACAACUUCUCGCAGCCUUUCUUUACCUUCUGGGACAACCUCUUUGGCACGAGAUUCACCGCUAUUGAUUCUUAUACCGACAAGAACGGAAAGAUAACUCUGAAAGGUUACAAGAAGUUCCUUCAUGACAGAACCGACAAGAGAAGAAAGAUUGCCAAGGAGUAUAACAUGAAAUUCCAUGAGAUCUCUGGCUCUGAGGAUGAGGAGGACUCGCCUGAGAACCCUCUCAAUAAGAAUAAGGUUCAAAAGAAGAAUGAGUGA